ACGUGCUAGGAGUGACAUGUAAUGUAUCUGACAGGGUCUCUAACCUUUCCUUGAGAAUUUCAACAUGCACUUUAUAUAGCAAUGGAUGACUCAGUAUUCGAGGAGCAGGGCUUGGUGUACUAUCUUUUAUUACUACCAAGUACCUUGAUUGUGUUUGUGGCCUGUCUUAUCAUCAGAUGGAUGGGUCUUCAGUUUUUCCAGCAUAAUUAGUCAUCAGAUUUACUUAAAAGAUGCUAUGGAAAUAUCCACAUACAGUGAACAAAGUAUGGAAAGAAACAUUCACAAGAUGUUAUACAAAUGGAAAAAUUUCUCUGAGUGAUAGAUGGAAAACAGAUGAAAAUAUAAUCAUGAAAACUUUUGCUCGUAGGAAAGCUAUAUCUGAAAGGUAUGGGAUAGAAAGAAAGUCAGAGGACACACCUGUGACACAUGUAUCCAUGAAUCCACCCCGUAAAUUCCAUGUGCCAAAAGCAGAUAAUGAGACUUUUUUGCGAGAAUACUCUAGAGGGAUUAUUGAUGGUCAGUAUAUGACAUUAUUAGAAUUACCCACAGUAUACUCCCCCCUGCGAGUUGAUGUGGACGUUGAGAAAAUAGAGUCAUCUUCAUCUGGACUCACGGAAGAGUAUAUUGAACAUUUAUUGAAUCUUUAUGUUGAGGAGAGCUUGGAGUAUUUGGCUGACCCAUUCUCUGUGAAAACUGAAAGAAUACUUGUUGCUUAUAUCAUGCAGAGAAAGAAGAAUUUGGCUGUGGAAAGUGGAACCAAGGAAGGAAUUCAUGUAAUUUUUCCCGACAUUGUUUUUCCAACUAAUUUACAUAAUAAACUUUUUCAUAUUCCCAUUGCUGAAACUGUAAAAAAGGAGACUUCAGGGGAGGAGUUAAAAAUUGUUAUUGACCAAAUAGGUAAAAAUCCCUGGUUCAUGCUUGGUUCUCAGAAACAUUGUGAUCUUUAUCCUUACACUGUAAAUUAUGUUUUCAAGUAUGGUGAACGGUUACAACCACUUACCCUAAACUUGAAUUCAGAGAGUGAAGUCUUUUAUUGGGUGGACAGAUUCUCUAUUAGGUAUAAAAAAUGUUCACAGAUAUCAGAUGCAGCAGGGGAAGAUCUCAAAAGAGAAAUUCAGUCAAUUGAAGAAUCUGGAGAAGAGGAUUUAAGUGUGUAUAAUUCCCUGAAAUCCAAGUUUUCUUUAAGUCAAAAUCAAGUGGACAAGAAGAGUUAUUCAAAAAAUCCCCAAAAAUAUACUGGUAGAAUUGUGACUCCCCAUUUUGUGGAUGUUAAGGAUCUAGUAGAACUGUAUGAUGAUGAAAUUUCUCAUGCUUACAGAUCUUGGUCCUCUAUAGGUUUUGCACUUAGACUUUUGUGUUACUAUGGUAAUGGAUGUGAAAAUGAUUACAGAGAUUUGUGGUUUGAAUUUUCACAGAAGUCCUCAAAAUUUAAUCAGCAUGAAUGUGAGAGAGUAUGGGAAUCAUUUGAUCCAAGUAAGGGUGAUGUUAUAAUGGCAAAGAGAAUUUUAAUGAAGUAUGCAAAUGGCAGUGAUAUUAAAAUGGUUAGAAAUCUUUUAAACUGAUUAUAGAUACAUGUAAGCAUUCAGUUAUGAAAUUCAGAACAAUAAACUAGAAAGAAA